UUAUCUUCUAAAACCGACGUUCGGAUAAAGAGAUGGCGAAAUCGAAGCAGGCGUCCUCCGACGAAGAACUAUACAACGGUUCUAGUUCGUCAGAAGAGGAGCAAGCCAACGACCAGGUCAACGUUGAAGAAGACGAUGAAGAGGAGAUCGAAGCUGAUGCUCGCUCCGCCAACGCCUCCGACUAAGACAAUGAUGAUGUCCCUGAUGAAGCCGCCGGUGAUGCUGAAGAGGGAUUUUCUUCAUGGAGUAGAAGAGAUUUCAAUGCUUUCAUUAGAGCAUGAGAGAUACGGGCGAAAUGAUAUAAACAGUAUUGCUUCAGAAAUGGAAGGGAAAACAGAGGAGGAUUGACAAUAUCAAGCGCAAGCUCCACCUCUGGUCCGGGAGAAAUAUCAGUUAUGCAGGACGUUUAGAACUCAUAAGAACAGUUUUAUUCAAUGUCAGCAACUAUUGGUGCAGACAGCUGGUUCUGCCAGCUUCAGUUCUUAAGAAGGUCGAUCAAAUCUGCUCCAGGUUUUUCUGGAAAGGAGCAGAUAAUUCUGCUGCGGGUGCUAGAAUCAGCUGGGACAACGUAUGCCUCUCUAAAUCAGAAGGAGGAUUAGGUCUGAAGAAUAUUAAAACUUGGAACAGAGCAUGCCUGAUGAGUCUCAUUCGGAAAAUACUUGCGGGCAACGGUUCUCUGUGGGUUGCUUGGAUUCAUGCCUAUGUAUUUAAGGAUCAAGACUUCUGGCAAUUCCAAACGUUAGCUGGACUAUUAGACGAAUUUUGAAAUUGCGAUCUGAAGCAUUUCCAAUUAUUUCAGCCGAUCCCUUGCAAUUGAAGGAAAUAUGGGACUUGAUCCGAAUCAAAGGGCAGAAGGCUGCCUACUAGAGACCGGCUCAUUAAAAUGGGAAUUUGCACAGAAGUUCUCUGUGUCAACUGCAACAUUAAUCAAGAGACAAGGGACCACCUCUUCUUGCAAUGUUCACUGGCAGCAGCACUCUGGAAAUCUGUUUUGAACCUUAAUGGGAUGAAGCCAUCGAUCAUGUCAUGGGACGAAAUGGUUUCAAGGGCAUCUUCUUCAUGGAAAGGGAAGUCUCUCCUUACCACCAUUUUGAAAAUUUCUUGGACUGCUUGCAUCUACUUUCUUUGGCAGGAAAGAAAUCAGAGUGUUCCUAGGACGUCAUAGAACGGUUGAAUGUUUGCUCAAAGAAGUCAAAGACGUCGGAAUUCGACUUAGGGGAACUAAUAUUAAUAGACUAGAUAGUACUAAUCUAAAGCUUUGUAAUGCUUGGGGUAUAGUCUAACCAAUCUCAUUUGUAUAGGCUGUUUUUAUUUGAUUUUGUAACGAUUGAUUGGUUGAUUGGUUGUAUCUAUUCUUGACAUUGGGUAAUAAAAUCUGAAUUAUCCAAAAAAAAAAAGAAGUUGAAAGAUAUGCUAAAGUAUUUAAAGAAAGAUACAAGGAGUUAAACGGUAAAUGAUAGCUAAUAUCUUGUUAUUUUUGCCUUGUUUCUUUAUGUAUGAUCUCGAGUAUUAAAGUUUGACGAUUUAAGUAUUUUCUUCCGGGAGCUUGAUUUAAUAUGAGUGAAGAGUAUAUGCAUGCAUGUGAAGACGAGUGCUACUAUAGGCCAUAGAAUAGUGUUGAUUGGUUCAACUAGUUCUAAUAGCCUGUUGUUUACAAGGUUUUUUAAUGUACAUCUAAUUGCCGAUUUUUUGUUAUACAGAUUAUGAUAGGAUAAUUAAGAAUAUUGAGCGAGGAGAGGCAAGGAUCGCUGGAAGAGAUGAAAUCAUGAAAGCAAUAGGCAAGAAAUUGGACCGGUACAAGAAUCCAUGGCUGGAAUUGAAGAUCCAGUAUGGUCAGAACAAAGGGAAGCUAUAUAAUGAAGAAUGUGAUCGAUUCAUGAUAUGCAUGGUUCACAAGCUUGGUUAUGGUAAUUGGGAGGAGUUGAAGGCAGCAUUCCGAACAUCACCCUUGUUCCGAUUUGAUUGGUUUGUGAAGUCACGGACAACUCAAGAGCUGGCGAGGAGAUGUGAUACCCUUAUUCGAUUGGUUGAGAAGGAAAACCAAGAAUAUGAUGAGAGGGAGCGACAAGCUCGCAAGGAGAAGAAACUUGCCAAGAACAUCACACCAUCAAAGCGCAGCGGGAAGCAACCGGCUGAGACUCUUAAUCAACUAAAGAAAUGGAAGCAGCUAUCCCUGGAUGAUAAUGGAAAGAAGAGAAAGUGAUAUCCAUCGACGUUACAACUUCUUAGGCUUAAAUCCUCGGCCCUCGGGUAGUUUUGGUUUAGGGUGUUCUAAAACCAGAGAUACGAGGGCUGUCGCUUGCAUGCAUGCUAGACUCUGGCUCUCAGCUCGGUUUUGAGAACCGUUGAAUAGAACAGAAUAGAACUUAGAACUACGAAUAAAGCGUUGAUGUGAAGCAUUAGGUUAUGAAAAUUAGUCUGUGUAGAUAAUGAUUGUAUAGUAAUAUUAAUAAUAUGCUUAGGUAACUUGGGUCUCA